GCGAAGGCAUCGUUUUUAAAACUUUUCGACCAAAGAGCGCCGUAGGGGAAGGAGGAGAAGCAGAAGAAGCUAUCAGCGUCUAAAACCCUACACUGCACCUCUUGGGUUCAGAUUUUUUUUCUCUCUCUUCGCUGGUUCAUUCGAGGAUACGACGCCGUUUUUUAACGUUAGCUAUCACCAGCCAGUUAAAACUUCACGCUUCCCCUGGUUCAGAUACUCACUCUCGUCGGUUCAUCCUCUUUCUCGUACAGCGUCGUAGAAGGGUAAAUUAAGGAUUGAAAAUGGCGUCUGAGGAAAACGAAAACGAGGAGGUCAAGACGUUUGAGGGUUUGGGAGUAUGCGAGCAAUUGGUGGCGGCGUGUGAUAAAUUGGGUUGGAAAAACCCUUCCAGAAUUCAGGCCGAAGCCAUUCCUCAUGCUCUUGAAGGGAAGGACUUGAUUGGACUUGCUCAAACGGGUUCAGGUAAAACUGGUGCUUUUGCUCUUCCCAUAUUGCAAGCUCUUUUAGAAGCUCAACAUCCAUUUUUUGCUUGCGUAUUGUCACCAACUAGAGAGCUUGCAAUUCAGAUUUCCGAGCAGUUUGAAGCUUUAGGAUCUGAAAUUGGCCUUAAAUGUGCAGUGCUUGUUGGAGGGAUAGACAUGGGGCAACAAGCUAUCAACCUUGCAAAGAGGCCGCACAUUAUUGUUGCUACACCUGGACGCCUUAUGGAUCACUUAAAAAACACAAAGGGCUUUUCUCUCCGCACUCUGAAAUAUCUGGUUUUAGAUGAGGCAGACAGGUUGCUUAAUGAGGACUUUGAGAAAUCACUUGAUGAAAUUCUUAAUGUGAUCCCUCGUGAGCGGAAAACAUAUUUGUUUUCUGCUACUAUGACCAAAAAGGUUCGAAAGCUUCAAAGGGCUUGUCUAAGGAACCCUGUGAAGAUUGAAGCUGCAUCAAAAUAUUCUACUGUUGACACACUGAAGCAACAAUAUUGCUUUGUGCCUGCUAAAUAUAAGGAUUGCUAUCUAGUUUAUAUGCUUACUGAAAUGACUGGAUCUACAACGAUGGUUUUCACCCGUACGUGCGAUGCAACACGCUUUCUGGCUGUGACUCUUCGAAAACUUGGCUUUAGGGCCAUCCCAAUUAGUGGUCAAAUGAGCCAGCCAAAGAGACUUGGAGCCUUAAAUAUGUUCAAGGCUGGAGAGUGUAAUAUACUUAUAUGCACUGAUGUGGCAAGUCGAGGACUGGACAUUCCAUCUGUGGAUGUGGUUAUUAAUUAUGAUAUCCCUAUGAACUCCAAGGAUUAUAUACAUCGAGUGGGAAGAACUGCUCGGGCAGGAAGAUCUGGUGUGGCGGUCUCCCUAUUGAGUCAGUAUGAGUUGGAGUGGUAUCUACAGAUUGAGCAGCUAAUUGGGAAGAAGUUAGCUGAAUAUCCUGCUCAACAAGAGGAAGUUCUUUUACUAUAUGAACGUGUCAAUGAGGCUAAAAGAUUAUCUGCCAUUGAACUUAAAGAGAAAGGAGGCAAGAAGAGAAGGGGUGGUGGUGGAGAUGAUGGUGAAGAAGGUUUUGAUAGGUAUACUAGCUUCAAGAACGGAAAGUCGUCUAAGAAGUCAAAGAGAAAAUGAGAUUGGCUGCUCUAUGCAACAAUUUUGGAAAUUUUGUUAAUUUUAGUUAGCAUUUAUUUCUCUCUCUCUUUUUUUUCCCCCACCCCUUAAUUUAUGAGUUAGGUUUUGAAGUAAAAUAUCAGAUUGGCAUGCUGUCUAUUAUGUUUAUUUCCCCUAUGAAAAGCAAAAGAAAAAAAAAAAAAAAAUACCAUAUGUUGAACAUCAUUGGAAAUCCAAGUGAACAUAGCCAUUGGGAAAUUGCAUAGUAGAUAUUUGACCUUAUAAUUAUAUAGCUUGAUAAUUUACUGUGUGUGGUAA